AUGGUUGGAUCAUUCCUCAGAUACAUCGGCCUGGGCGGCUCCGCCCCCAAUUCACCACCACAGAAGGAAGCGGUCCGUGCUCUUCCCGCUAAUUGGUACACUUCAGAAGAGAUGUACCAGCUUGAGAGACGCGCAAUUUUCUCCCGGCGGUGGUUGAUCCUCACACACAAGUCAAGAUUGGCGAAUCCCGGUGAUUACCUUCGCUACAAUGUAGCCAACUACGACGUUGUUGUUUCGAAAGAUCGCUCUGGCGAGAUCCACGCCUUUCAUAACGUUUGUAGGCAUCGUGCCUACCCUGUGGUCGAAAGCGACAAGGGUAACGCAAAGAUCUUCUCCUGCAAAUAUCACGGCUGGUCAUAUGGUCUGAAUGGCAAGUUGGCGAAAGCCCCAGGCUACCAGGAUCUCCCUACAUUCGACAAAACCAGCAAUGGCCUCUUACCUAUCCACACUCGCCUUGACAGAAAUGGGUUCAUUUACAUCAACAUGGAUUCCAAGAAGGAACCCGAUGUAUCAUGGGAGUCACAGUUUGACCACGUCGACGAGCAGACCCGCUUCAAUCAAUUCAACUUCGACGACUACGAAUUCGAUCACACAUGGAACCUCGACGGACCCUUCAACUGGAAGAUUCUCGCAGACAACUUCAACGAAUGCUAUCAUUGCAAGACCACACACCCCGAUCUCACCACUGGGCUGGUCAACCUCGACAGCUACGAUGUCCACUGCGACGCCGAUCACAUCCAGCACGACCCACAAACACCCGAAGACCGCAAGGCACUCGGCCAAGAAAUCUGCUCCACAUACUGCUUCCCCAAUGCCUCCUUCACGGUCACACAACACUUCCUCUUUAUGCAGAAGUUCAUGCCCAAAUCACCCACCGAGUCAGUCAUGUACUACGAGGUGUGGCGUAACAAGCACUCUUCCGACGAGGAUUUCCUCCUCAUCAGCGACACGUACAAGCGUGUCAUGGGCGAGGACAAGAUCCUCUGCGAGCGCGCGCAGAAGAACAUUGAAACUGGUGUCUUUGUCAACGGCGAGUUGCAUCCACACAUGGAGAAGGGACCUCUCUUCUUCCAGAAGCGUUGUCGCGAAGUCGUGCUCGAGCACGCUGCGCGUGAGAAGCGUGAGGGCAAGAAGAUUUGGCCUGCGAAGCAGCAGAGCAAUGAUACCGGUACGGAUGAGCUUCAGGACUUUUGUGAAGGCCUUGCUUGCGGGAAUGGCAAGGGGAAGAAAGAUUUGGAGUGGUAA